CACUCUACUGUUACACUACUAGCGCCAUUGUCUUUAUCUUUAGACUUCAGCUGAUAGAUUUACAGCACAGCUACUGCGGCUUCACGAGGAGCUGUCGCGAACGAGGGAAAACGUUAAAUUGGAGUAAAAAUUACGUGCAACUGUCACGUUAUUUCGAUCGAAAAACGUGAUUAAACAGAAACGAGAUGGCUUCUUUAAGACUUUUGGCUGCAGGAGCAAGUGCUGUUGGAGCUGGUGCACUUUCUUCAUAUUUUCUAACAUCAGAUGCUCCAGUAUUAGCUGAUAAACCAGUUCACAAACAAACCAAAAGAACAUUACCUUCACGUGAAGAUCAAAUAAAAGUACUAAAAAACCAAGAUGAAGAAUAUGAUGUUUUAAUUAUUGGUGGAGGAGCAACAGGAGCUGGAUGUGCUUUAGAUGCAUGUACAAGAGGUUUAAAAACAGCAUUAAUUGAAGGAGAUGAUUUUGCUUCAGGCACCUCUUCAAGGAGUACAAAAUUGAUUCAUGGUGGAGUUCGGUACUUACAAAAAGCUAUUAUGCAAUUAGAUAUUGAACAAUACAAAAUGGUUAAAGAAGCUCUGCACGAACGAGCUGCUAUGAUUCAUAGUGCUCCUCAUCUUGCUCAUCCUCUGCCUAUAAUGUUACCCGUUUACACAUGGUGGCAAAUUCCUUAUUACUGGUUUGGUAUAAAAGCAUACGACAUCGUAGCUGGUAGUAAAACAGUUAAAUCUUCAUAUUUUUUAAGCAAAUCAAAUGCACUCGAGCUAUUUCCGAUGUUGAAAGGCGACAAACUCACCGGGGCAAUCGUUUAUUAUGACGGUCAACAAGAUGACGCUAGAAUGAACCUUGCAGUGGCCUUGACUGCUUCACGUCUGGGAGCAACAGUAGUGAACCACGUCAGUGUUCUUAACCUUAUGAAAGGACUAGACAAAGAUGGAAAACGUGUUCUUGUUGGUGCACGCGUAAAAGAUGAAAUGACUGGAGAUGAGUGGAACGUCAAAGCUAAAUGUAUUAUCAAUGCUACUGGACCAUUUACUGACAGUAUCAGAAAAAUGGAUGAUCCUACUGUAAAAGAAAUUUGUGCUCCAGCUUCUGGUGCACAUAUUGUACUUCCUGGAUAUUACAGUCCCGAUCAAAUGGGUCUUCUAGAUCCAGCAACGAGUGACGGCCGAGUUAUCUUUUUCUUACCUUGGCAAAAGCAUACAAUCGCUGGUACGACUGAUCUACCUUGUCAAAUAACACACAAUCCAAAACCUACCGAGGACGAGAUCAUGUUUAUUUUGCAAGAAGUCAAAAACUAUCUCAACCCAGACGUUGAAGUACGUCGUGGCGACGUAUUGUCUGCAUGGAGUGGUAUUAGGCCAUUGGUCUCUGACCCAAAUAAACCAAAUACUCAAUCUUUAGCGCGUAAUCACAUUGUACAUGUGAGUGAUACAAAUCUUGUCACUAUUGCUGGCGGUAAAUGGACUACUUACAGAGCAAUGGCUCAAGAUACCAUUGAUAUAGCUAUCAAAGCGUGUAAUUUGGAACCGAAAACUACUUGUCAAACUGAUGGAAUGCUAUUGGAGGGAGCACAUGGUUGGAGUCCAACAAUGUACAUCAGAUUGGUCCAAGAUUUCGGUUUAGAAUGUGAAGUUGCACAACAUUUAGCUAAAAGUUAUGGUGAUCGUGCAUUUGCUGUUGCAAAAAUGGCAUCUCUUACAGGAAAACGUUGGCCUAUUAUUGGAAAAAAAUUACAUCCUGAAUUUCCUUAUAUAGAUGCCGAAAUUCGUUAUGGUUGCCGAGAGUAUGCAAGAACUGCGAUUGAUAUGAUCGCUCGACGAUUGAGACUUGCUUUCUUAAACGUCCAAGCUGCUCAAGAGGCUCUUCCAGCUAUUAUUGAUAUUAUGGCAGAAGAAUUACAUUGGUCAGCAGAAGAGAAAAAGAAACAACAGCAACAAGCCAGUGAUUUCUUAGCAAAUGAAAUGGGACAAAUGGUUAAUCGUGCAUCUCGAGAUAAGAUUCCUAUUAAUCUUACCAAAAACGAAAUUCAGCUCUACAUCAAACGCUUCCAAAUCAUUGAUAAAGAUCGCAAAGGAUAUGUAUCAAUUAACGACAUUCGUCGAGGACUUAAGCUAUUCGGCGACAAGGAUGUUCCCGGUGAAGAGCUACACGAAAUACUUCGCGAAAUCGACACUAAUAUGAACGGUCAAGUUGAACUGGACGAAUAUCUUCAGAUGAUGUCAGCAAUCAAAUCUGGUCAUGUGGCCUAUUCGCGGUUUGCAAGAAUGGCGGAAAUGGAAGAAGCACAACACGAAAAAGACAUCCUGAAAAAACAAAUUAGUGUAGAGAGAUCAGGAGGUGGUCUGUGAAGUGCCUGCAAUGGAAUUAAAAGAAUUUGCAAGGCUUUCAUGAUGCAUUCUUCUCACAAUAACAUUUUAGGAAAAUUUUUAUCUACCACACUAUUUAAUAUUUAUGUAGACUUAUAAUUUGCCUGGUUGAUUUGUUAACUCAGGGUGCUUUGUUAAAACACAAAUCUAUCGGCAGGUGCGCAGUAUUAUUUUCAAAAGUAAAACAAGAUAAUACUGCUUCGCAGUGGCUUUUUGGCUAAUGGCCAAGAGGCAAAUAAACAUAAAUGUUUAACUAAGUAUUUAAACAGACACUCUUUUAAUACAAUGAGGACUAAAACUUUUAAUUCUUGAAGCUUUACCAACUGAAUUUAAAUAUCAAAAACAAAAAACAACAAAUAUUGUACUGAUUUUUGGUGCCGUCUUGCGCUUUUAUUUAUUUCUUCACGCGCGAAUAUGAUACAUAAAAAAAUAUCUCUAGUCUUUUAUUAAUUUAUGACAUAAUCUAAUAGACAAUUCAUACAAUAAUGAUAGUAAAAAUCGAUCUGAAUGUUGUAAAUCAAAGAGUGUUACAUCGUUAAUUAUGUGUACAUAUUAUAAUUUAUUUCAUAACUAUCAAUGACACGUUGCGUUUACUUAAUAUAACAUUUCUCUUCGACGUUAUUGAUAUUAAUCUAUUCUAAUUUAUCUAUUUAAUGUUGAAAUUUAAUAAAAAUAUACAAUCUAAUUGUAAAUUAAAA